UGCCAACCCUCCAACACACUCCGUCUAGCUGUCUCCAUUUCUUUUUCAAACACUCUCAUGGAUUAUUACCACCUUCUGCUGCUGCUGUGGACCUGCAGCCUCCUGCCAGAUCCUCAGCCCUGCUUCAACUUCGACACAAAGAACUUCAAGAUCUUCUCUGGUUCUAAGGAAAGCCAGUUUGGUUACACAGUCCAGCAGCACGAGGCAGGAGGACGCCAGUGGUUGCUGGUUGGCGCUCCCUUUGAAUCCACAGGGAAGCAGCAGACUGGUGAUGUGUACAGAUGUCCGCUGGAUUCCAGAAACUCUGCAAACUGCACCCGACUCCACCUGGGAAAACUUUCUCUGGACAACGUGUCUGAGAGGAAAGACAAAAUGAGGCUGGGAAUGACGCUGACCUCCAACCCAAAGGACAACAGCUUUGUGACCUGUGGUCCGCUCUGGUCUCAUGAAUGUGGAAGCUCCCUGUACAGCACGGGGAUCUGCUCCAGAGUCAGCCGAAGCUUCAGACUGUCCCACACCAUCGCACCCGCCCUGCAGAGGUGUGAGACGUUCAUGGACAUCGUGAUUGUUUUGGACGGUUCUAACUCCAUCUACCCCUGGUACGAGGUCCGGGACUUUCUCAUCAACAUCCUGCAGAAGUUCUACAUCGGCCCAGGUCAGACGCAGGUGGGUGUGGUACAGUACGGCUCCACAGUGGUCCAUGAGUUCAGUCUGGGUGAGUACCAGACGGUGGAGGAGGUGGUGGAUGCCGCCAGGAGCAUCGACCAGCGGGGUGGCGAGGAGACGAGGACAGCACUGGGCAUCAACGUGGCGCGGUCUGAGGGGUUCAAGCGUGGGGGCCGGCCUGGUGCUCAGAAGGUGAUGAUUGUGAUCACAGACGGAGAAUCUCAUGACAGUCCACAGCUGCUGCAGGCUGUCACCGACAGCGAGAGAGACAACAUCACCAUGUACGCUAUUGCUGUUUUGGGUUAUUACAACCGUCGGGGAAUCAACCCUGAAGCCUUCCUGAAGGAAAUCAAGUUCAUUGCUAGCGACCCGGAUGAGAAACACUUCUUCAACGUGACAGACGAGUCGGCGCUGAAGGACAUUGUGGACGCACUAGGAGAGAGAAUUUUCUCUCUGGAAGGAACCAGCACUCAGGGUCGAGGCUUUGGUCUGCAGAUGGCUCAGGCGGGUUUCUCCUCACAUUUAGUCAAAGACGGUGUUCUGCUCGGGGCGGUGGGCGCCUACGACUGGAAUGGUGCAGUGCUGAAAGAAACUAAACAUGGAAAAGUUGUUCCACCAAAAUCCUCCUAUAAGGACGAGUUUCCAGAUGAUCUGAAGAACCACGGAGCUUAUCUGGGUUACUCUGUGGGUUCACUCAUUUCGCCUCGCGGCUCUCAGCUCUACGUUGCCGGAGCUCCGAGGUUCAACCACACCGGCAAGGUCAUCGUCUUUACUCUGAAGAACACUGGAAACCUGACCAUCCUGCAGGCACUGCUGGGAAAGCAGAUCGGGUCAUAUUUCGGCAGUGAGUUGUUAUCGAUGGACGUAGACGGCGACGGACACACGGACAUACUGCUAGUGGCAGCACCCAUGUUCUAUAGCCAGGGCUGGGAGAGAGGGAAGGUUUACAUCUACACAGUUACACCACAGACAUCUUUCAUCCUGCAGGGGGCGCUGGAGGCUUCUGACCGCUCUCAGAACGCCCGCCUGGGUUCUGCGUUGACCCAGAUACCCGACAUGAACGGGGACGGAUUCAGGGAGCUGGUGGCGGGAGCACCACUAGAAGAUGACCACCAGGGGGCGGUCUAUGUGUUUUAUGGCCAGGACAAAACCAUCCAACACCAGUACAGACAGCGUCUGUCAGCAGCUGGUUUCUCUGCAGGUCUGCAGUAUUUCGGUCAAAGUCUUCACGGGGUUUUGGAUGUCAAUGGAGACGGGCUUGUUGACCUCGCAGUGGGAGCACUUGGAGCUGCCGUUAUCGUCUGGUCUCGUGGCGUGGUGCGGAUUCAGGCCAAGCUGACCUUUGAACCUGAGAAGGUCAACAUCUUUAACAAAGACUGUCAGCGAGGAGGGAAGGAGGUCACCUGCAUGUCUGUGACCGUCUGUCUGAGUCUGGACUCCAGGACAAAGACCAGGACGGAUGUCGCUGUUUGGUACAGUCUGGGAUUGGAUGAGAGGCGUUUUCCUCCUCGAGCUGUUCUGGACAAAUCAGACCGGCAGCAGCCCAAGAGUCUGUCUCUGCAGGCUGGAGGUCAGAGCUGCCAACGCCUCGGCUUCUCCAUCCAGGAGACGACUGAUUACGGACGUCCCAUUGCGGUCGUCCUUGAGACGGGGUUGCAGAGCCCAGACGAGGGGCCGGUGUUGGACCCCGACUGGUCGAGCAUCCUGAGGGCCGAGCUUCCUUUCUGGAACGGCUGUGAGCAGGAAGAUACCUGCGUUCCCGACCUCAUCCUCCACUCUCACACUGACCUUAUGGAUGUUCAGCAGUUCUGCAACUCGAGGGACCGGCCCGCCUGGUCAAUCUGCAGCCACCAGGUGGCGUCAGAGGGCUCGGUGUUUGUUGUGGAGCCCGGGCGGAGGAGGAUGGUGGUGUUUGCGCGACUGGAGAAUCAGGGAGAGAACGCCUACGGAGCUGCCAUCCGCAUCUCCACCUCCUCCAACCUCCUCUUCUCCAGCCUCAUAGUCAAGGACCAAUCAGAUAUCCAGAUUGAGUGCUACUCUGAGGACAGACUGGCCAAUCAGAGGAGCUGUAACAUCAGCGCGCCAUUCAUGAAAUCCUUGUCCCAGGUAUUUUUCCAUCUGGAGUUUGAGUUCAGCCGUUCUGUCUUCCUGGAUCAUGUGCGGGUCGUCAUGGAGACCAGCAGUGAGGGAGAAGAGGGAUACCCGGAUGACAACAUCAACGACAUCCUCCUCCCUCUGAAGUACCAGACUGACCUCCUCUUCACCAGAGACCCCAACACUCCUCGCUUUGAAAUCAGAGCAGACAGCUCAUCUUCCUCCUCCUCCUCUUCAUCCUGGGACCAACCAGUCAGCAGCUCUCCCACCUUCAACCUCACAUAUUAUAUCCAGAACCUGGGCAUCUUCUCAGUGCAGGACGUCCUGUUCAGGGCUGAUAUCUGGGCCGUGACCAGGCAAGAAAACCAGCUGGUGAACAUCACAGACUACAGCAUCGAGCAGCAGGUAGCUGGGUCUCACUGCGUGCUGCCUCAACCCAGAACAACCAAUCAGGUUACAGCCGAGGACCUGUCUCAGCUGUCACAGCUGAACCACAGUAACAGUGUGAGUCUGGCGGUCAGGUGCAGACUGAACCUGCCGGCCUCCAGAGAGCUGAAGGUGACGCUCAGAGGACGACUCCAGCUGCCUGCUCUGCUCGCUGUGAGCUUCAGGUCCUUGGAGUUACUGACUGCUGCCUCCAUCCAGCUGGAAGCGUCCAGUCCCAUGUUCCUGCAGGAGGACCGACCGGUCCGACAGAUAAUCCUGGAGCUGAGGAAGGAGGAGGAUUACAUCAUCCCCAUCUGGAUUAUACUGGGGAGCUCACUGGGAGGCUUGUUGCUACUGGCCUUACUGGUUCUGGCCCUGUGGAAGCUCGGCUUCUUCAACAGACGGAGGAGACAGGAAGAGGAGGAGCAGCCAGUAGCCAAUGGGAAGGCAGCAGAGGAGCUAUAAUGUGUUCGCUCGGUCCUCGCCAACUUGUAAAGUCACAAAAUGUGUCUCGAGUUCUGUACCUGUGUGGUUUUGGUCACAGAACUCAGACAUAAAGACAUAAAGACAUAAAGACCGCUGUUUGUUAGCAGUGUUGUUCAACGCUAAAUGGAACUUGUUGCAGGAACUUAUGCAGAGAAAAUGAGUUAAAUUGGACAUUUUACCAAAACAAAAGUGUAACUUUACGAGCUGAUGAGGAUCACUUGAAUGCAUCACAGGCCUCCACCUGUCACUCAGGGACCCUGAUGCCCCCCCUCCCCCGGGUCAAUUGCUCAAACACUUAACAGCUAUAGUCAGCCUCCUGUCAGCUGACAAACAAACCACGUCCACAACCCCCCCGGUUACUGUACAGCUCCUUUAAGAACCGGCACAUCAGCCAACCAGCUUCAGCUCCAGUCAGCAAACAAGCUGCUCUCCAGCACCAACCUGUGGAGCUAUUUCAGUCUUCUGACAGAGCGAGUCGAGUUAAAGUUUAUUUAGUGUGUGUUUAUAGGCUAAAAAGCUGCAACAUGCUUUGGAGUAAAAGUCAUUGAAGUCAGACAAAGAAUCAAAUCAGUUACAGUAAGCUAGCACACAGAGCUGGCAUGAAGGUAUCGGCAGAGUAACACUGGCCACACCGAACACCGGCGUGAAUAUAACUGGAUGUUACUCAGCAGCUCGGAAGCCACACAGCUGAUGCCAGUCAGUGUUAAGGUCAGAGCUCCAUCUGAACUAACGCUAUUUUUAUAUUUAUAAGUUUCAAGUAAAUCUCUAAUUGUUCCAGUUAUCUAAACCACAUAAAUUGGUUUAUAAAAAAGGAGAGAAAGACACCCGAGCUUCAAUUACCGUGUGGUUUUAUUCAUAUUUCAGCGUUUUUAUCAGAUUUUUCCAGUACAGUCUCCCCAAGAAAUCAAACUCACCAAAAUUAUUGACACAUAAUUUAUUGUUGAAGUUUAAAACUGCAGCUUAGGACCAUGCACCAAGUCCAAACUAUGGAAGUCUUUUUAACUAUUUAACCAGGAAGAAGAGAUCUUUUUAAAGGGAGACCCAGACAAAAGUCAGCAACUGACACGCACAUGACAAUACAACACAUUACAAAAACCUCCAAGAGACCUGUAAAUAUAAACAUUAAGAGUCCAGCCUAUGGGAAAGAUCUACACUCCUCCUUAAGGACGUCUGCAACCAGGGACUUGACCUCCCUGAGUGGAACCAGCUCCUCUAACUGGAGAAGCAAAAGGCAGUUUCUCCUAACUUUGAAACAACCCUGGAGACUUUAAAAAGCCGUAGCGUGUUUGGUAACUACUGACUGCAAAUUUUCCCCAUUCAUGUAAACUACAAUUAUGAUGAACUAUCUGGUAUUUGUGAUGAAGCGCAGCGCUGCAUGGUUGCAGAGAUGAAUGAAUGAAUGAAUAAUUUAUUUCGGUUUAAAAAAUACAGAAAAAAAACAAUUUGUGUGAAUAUGCAAUUUACAAGAAUCUUAUGAGCUUACAAUAAUCCAUUCACACAAAAUUACUCUGAAAAAACUAACUGAAAAAGGAAUAGGCUGAAGCCCAUGGCUUAUAUUUCCCUAUCCUAUACACUAAAAUGCAAAAUACCAGCAAUACAAAAGAAACACAAGAAGAAGCAAAACAAAACAAAAAACAAAAUUCAAUAAAUUUCAGUGUAAAUUGUAAUCCUUAAUUAUUGUAUUUUUUUAAGGCUUUCUUGAAUCUACACAGAGAGCUACAGAUGAUGCUGCAUGCACAUACAACAGAUCCCCAUUGUCAGUCACAGGUAAAAAGAUGGUUCGAACAAGUUUCUUUUGGGCUUCAGAGGUGAAACAGGACGUCAGGCCUCGUCCACACAUACAUGGGUAUUUUUAUAACUGGAGUUUUUCCUCCUUAAUUUAAAAAAAAAACUGUCUACAUGAAAACACAAAAACACGCUAUCUAGCACUGUCAAACCAUCAGGUGGUGAUAUGACCCUAACCGAAAAGCAAUGUUGGCCAAUCAGAGCCUAAUAAAACUGUAAACAAAGCCGGAAGUGGCGCACAAUCUGACAUCAAACAGAGCAGAUAACGGCACGCACUCUGACGUCGCAUGGCAAAAACCGGUUUUAAAGGAGACCAAUAAAACUGCUUUUCCAGUCCUAUAUUGUAGUUCUGUGACUCCUGUAUGGCAGCUUUGCAUGAUUCAAAGUUAAAAAAAAAAGUUUUUUUCUUAUACUGAUUCUUCAUGUAGGCCUUC